AUGGUCGGUAGGCCCAGUUACCUGCUGUAUAGUCUACAUUUGGCACAACUGCAAUUGAGGGCUUGUCUUGUUGUGAGGACAAAAAAUGUUUCGCUCGUCUGCUCCCACUCCACUCACCAUCCUUGCUCCACUCCUCACUCCCCAACACUUCCAUCAGCCCGCUUGAGGCACAAUCGCCAUUCCUCGCAUGGCUUUAGGCUGGGCAAAGUUAACUUUUUGUCGAAGCCGCUUAGCGCUGACCUUUUUGUUUCUCCUGGCACAAACAAGCAUGUGGCCUAA